AUGCCCAGGGCCAGCGGCAACAGCAUCGCCGCUGCUAACAAGGAGGAGUGGUUGGGCGGUGUCCUCAAUGCCCCUCAGACGAAGGGCAUCAACACAAUCGCAAUCUAUGUGACGGACUGCAACAAGAUUAUCUGGUUCUGGAACUUCGAGGGCGUCGGCUCAGCCCAGUAUCCUGUACGCGGCUUCAACCUCUUUACGACGUCUCGCAAGAACGGGCAGAUUCAAACCGACCGCCUCGACAUCGAAUUUGACAGCAUCUCGUGGGGACUAGAUUCUGGUCUCAAGGUCUCGAACUUCAUCCCACCGACCAGCCCUCACAAGCAACAAUGGAUCUGGGUUCGCAAGCCUGGAUCAUACAUUGCGGCGGACCAGGUAUACGUUGAUCUGUGUUGUGGUGAUGACACUGCCUGCGAGGCUGGGGAGUCGGGAGAUUUCCUCUCGGCGUUCCCGGAUAGUUCUAUUCACCGCGCCAGCCACAACGCCCUCAUCAUGCCAUGCCAUGCCCUGCUGUUGUGUCUUCUGCACUCGAUCGGUGAAGUUGUCGGUGUCGAGGCCGAUUUGAGUUGGAAGUCAAAGCUGGAAGUGAGAGGAUGUAUCGUCACUGGCCAAGCUCCACCAUAG